AUGUCGUCUCUUAGCAGGGAGCUGGUUUUCCUCAUCCUGCAGUUCCUCGAUGAGGAGAAGUUCAAGGAGACGGUGCACAAGCUGGAGCAGGAGUCGGGCUUCUACUUCAACAUGAAGCACUUCGAGGACCUCGUGCAGGGCGGCGAGUGGGACGAGGUGGAGAGGUACCUCAGCGGCUUCACCAAGGUGGAGGACAACCGCUACUCCAUGAAGAUCUUCUUUGAGAUCCGCAAGCAGAAGUACCUCGAGGCCCUUGAUAGGCAUGAUAGGGCCAAGGCUGUGGAGAUUCUCGUGAAGGAUCUCAAGGUGUUCGCCUCCUUCAAUGAGGAGCUGUUCAAGGAGAUAACACAGCUGCUGACCUUGGAGAAUUUUAGGCAAAAUGAGCAGCUGUCCAAGUACGGGGACACAAAGUCAGCCCGGAAUAUCAUGCUUUUGGAGCUCAAAAAGCUCAUUGAAGCGAACCCCCUGUUCCGGGACAAGCUGAAUUUCCCACCAUUCAAAGCUUCGAGGCUUCGCACAUUGAUCAAUCAAAGUCUAAACUGGCAACAUCAGCUCUGCAAGAACCCCAGACCAAACCCUGACAUCAAGACACUCUUUACUGAUCACUCUUGUGCUGCUCCUACCAAUGGAGCAAGAGCACCUCCACCUGCCAAUGGUCCGCUUGUUGGAUCCAUCCCUAAGUCAGCUGGAUUUCCACCAAUGGGUGCUCAUGCUCCAUUUCAACCUGUGGUGUCGCCAUCUCCAAACGCAAUUGCAGGUUGGAUGACAAAUGCCAACCCCUCUUUGCCUCAUGCUGCUGUUGCACCAGGACCACCUGGUCUCAUUCAGGCUCCAAACACAGCGGCAUUUCUAAAGCAUCCUAGAACCCCUACAAGUGCACCUGGCAUUGAUUACCAAUCUGCAGAUUCAGAACAUCUCAUGAAAAGAAUGCGUGUUGGACAACCAGAUGAGGUAUCUUUCUCUGGUGCAAGCCAUCCUGCCAAUAUGUACACACAAGAAGACCUUCCCAAACAAGUUUCUCGUACCCUUAAUCAGGGUUCUAAUGUUAUGAGCCUGGAUUUCCACCCCGUUCAACAAACCAUUCUUUUAGUUGGAACAAAUGUUGGUGACAUUGCGGUGUGGGAAGUUGGUUCACGGGAAAGGAUAGCUCACAAGACUUUCAAAGUUUGGGAUAUUGGUUCCUGUACCUUGCCUCUGCAGGCUUCGCUGAUGAAAGAUGCUGCAAUAUCUGUCAAUAGAUGUCUGUGGAGCCCAGAUGGAACUAUUCUAGGUGUUGCUUUCUCGAAGCAUAUUGUUCAGACAUAUACUUUUGUCCCUAAUGGAGAUUUGCGGCAGCAAGCAGAGAUUGAUGCACACAUCGGUGGGGUUAAUGAUAUAGCCUUCUCUCACCCUAAUAAAACUCUAUCUAUCAUUACAUGUGGUGAUGAUAAACUCAUUAAGGUUUGGGAUGCUCAAACAGGACAAAAGCAGUACACUUUUGAAGGCCAUGAAACUCCUGUGUAUUCUGUAUGCCCUCACUACAAGGAGUCCAUUCAGUUUAUCUUCUCUACUGCCAUUGAUGGGAAAAUCAAGGCAUGGUUGUAUGAUUGCUUGGGCUCAAGAGUUGACUAUGAUGCUCCUGGACAUUGGUGUACUACCAUGGCUUACAGUGCUGAUGGUACAAGGCUAUUCUCUUGUGGUACUAGUAAAGAAGGUGAUUCACACUUGGUUGAAUGGAAUGAAACUGAAGGGGCUAUUAAGAGGACAUACAAUGGCUUCAGGAAACGUUCACUCGGUGUUGUUCAGUUUGACACAACUAGGAAUCGCUUCUUGGCUGCUGGAGAUGAAUUUCUUGUUAAAUUCUGGGAUAUGGAUAACAAUAACAUACUAACAACAACAGACUGUGACGGUGGACUGCCAGCAAGCCCUCGUCUGAGAUUCAAUAGAGAAGGUUCAUUACUUGCAGUUACAACAAGUGAUAAUGGAAUAAAAAUACUUGCCAACACUGAUGGACAGCGCUUGCUUAGGAUGCUUGAGAGUAGAGCAUUUGAUGGCUCUAGAGGACCUCCUCAACAAAUAAAUACCAAGCCUCCAAUUGUUGCCCUUGGUCCUGUUUCAAAUGUCAGCAGUCCUAUAGCAGUAAAUGCCGAGCGACCUGAUCGGAUCUUGCCUGCAGUGUCGACAAGUGGCUUGGCACCUAUGGAUCCAAGCAGAACUCCAGAUGUUAAACCAAGAAUAACAGAUGAAUCCGAAAAGGUCAAAACCUGGAAGUUGGCUGACAUUGUCGACAAUGGACAUCUUCGAGCCCUGCAUUUGACAGACACGGACACGAACCCAAGCAAAGUUGUCCGUUUGUUAUAUACAAAUAAUGGGAUUGCACUCUUGGCUCUUGGCUCCAAUGCUGUUCAUAAGUUGUGGAAAUGGCAACGGGGCGACAGAAAUCCUAGUGGCAAGGUCAAAAGUAAGCUCAAGGGACAUCAAAAGAAGAUUACUGGGCUGGCCUUUUCUCAAUCAAUGAAUGUGCUAGUAUCAUCAGGCGCUGAUGCUCAGCUAUGUGUGUGGAGUAUUGAUGGUUGGGAAAAAAAGAAAUCAAGAUAUAUUCAGCCCCCAGCAAACCGACCUGGCACUUUGGUUGGUGAUACAAGGGUGCAGUUCCACAAUGACCAGACACAUCUUUUGUGGUCUCCAAGAGAUGCACUCCCAGCUCCGAUAUCAAGUGCAAUAUACUCGUGUGAUGGUCUUUUGGUCUAUGCUGCAUUCUGUGAUGGUGCUAUUGGAGUCUUCGAAGCAGAAUCUCUUAGGUUGCGCUGCCGGAUUGCUCCUUCUGCUUAUAUUCCACCUUCAAUACUAGCCUGUGCUGGACGGGUUUACCCGUUGGUAGUUGCUGCUCAUCCCAUGGAGCCUAACCAGAUUGCACUCGGCAUGAGCGAUGGUAAAGUCCAUGUGGUGGAGCCAUUAGACGGGGACCCAAAGUGGGGAACAGCGCCGCCUCAGGACAAUGGAGUGCACCCAGCGAUAUCAGCAGCACCAUCAGCCGCUACCAACCAGGCAUCUGAUCAGCCAACAAGGUGA